AUGGGGGGCACACAAGGGCAUGUAUCAGUUGGAUUUGCUUUCUUUGUCAUUGGACUAUGGCACCUUUUCAACUGUAUCAAACUCCAUGCUCAACAUCCUAAAUCUUACAUAACUAUGCCAUGGUUCCCAUUGUCGAAAAGAAUAAGGUACUUGGAGCUUAUUUUGAUAAUGGCAUUUUCUGCAGGCUUCGUCUCAAUGGAGAUACUUAUUGGUCAACAACCAUUGGAUCCCGAUGGAACCAUUCGUGCCAAGUAUCUUCGCCACUUUGAGCACUCCACCAUGUCCAUGUCUUUCUUCGUUUAUGCGUUGUUUGCCAUCCUUUUCGACAAGAUCGCGCCCCGGGCUCAAUAUGGCCUAAUGCAUUUUCUGCAGGCUAUUGCAUUUGGCCAACAACUACUCAUUCUCCAUCUUCACUCCACUGAUCAUAUGGGAAUUGAAGGCCAGUACCAUUGGUUGCUUCAAAUUGUCACAUUUGUGUCUCUAUUUACCACAAUUUUGGCCGUUGGCUACCCCAACAAUUUCUUGAAUGACUUUGCAAGAGCUUCCAGUAUACUUUUCCAGGGUGUUUGGCUAAUAGUUACAGGAGUCAUGGUUUGGACACCAGAUUUGAUCCCUAAAGGUUGCUUCCUGAGGUCAGAACCAGGCCGUGUUGUGGUUCUAUGCCAUGACGAUCGCACAUUGGAACGUGCUAAAGCAUUAGUGAACCUUCAAUUCGGCUGGUACGUGAUAGGAUUAACGAUGUUUUCUAUGUCAUUUUAUUUGGUUCUGAUCAAACUAUAUCCUGAAGAAAAGGUGGAAUAUCAACCAUUAACAAAAUAUGAGAAAGAGGAGGAUAGAUGCUAUGUUGAGGCUCAAAAGAAAAGCAAAAUCUGCCAGUCAAGAAAUUCUCUUCCAUUCUAA